AUGGUGCUUCUCAAUUCAUCCACAGUCUCGACCUUCUUGUCGAUGGGGGUGGUGUGCAUCUGCACUCUGAUGCUCUUUUUUGCAGGAUAUGUGUUGCAGCAACAAUCAGUUAAGAACAUUCAGCAUGCCUUGCGGCCACCACAAGCACAUCCCGCAGGCCAAGGAUCUACAUUCCAGAGUUCAGAGCAUCAGCGUGUAUUAUCAGAGCUGAACUCCAGAUUAGCGGCUGAUCUUGAUCAGCCCCGAGUGGAGCAGAGAUCUCUUGCGGGUUCGAAGGGGAACUACGCUUACCUGCAGCUGCUCUCAAGGCCUGAUCCAUCAGACAUCUGCUCGGCCGUCCUCUUCUUCAAGACGCUUGCCAAGAAUGAGAGCGCCAUUGAAGACCGACUGUUUAUGUACCCCCAGGAGUGGGACCGGAUGUCUUCCAAGCAGCUUGGGGAGGAUGCGUCCACAGCCAUGGCCAUAUUGCGAGCUGCGAGCAUCAAGUACGGGAUCUGGCUACUCCCAAUCGACAUGACUGCUGCAAAAGGAUAUUCAAUUACAAAUACCAAAUUGCUUCGACUCGGUCAGAUUCAAUUCAUGCAAUAUGACAGUGUGCUCUAUGUUCAAACCCCUGGCCUGAUCCUCGACACAGGCAAGCUGGAUCAGGUCCUUCUGUCUCAGCCAUUACCGCUGGUCCAUGACAAAAAUCGCCCGGACUCCUACGAUAAUAAGGCCUGGACACCUUCAGCGCUUCGUCCAGAACGAGACGCAGAUCUUCCACCGGUCUAUUUGGUGACCGUAAACAAUGUCGGCUUCAGGAAUGUCCAGGCUCGGACUCAUGUUCCCAACACCUCUCUUCCUGGAUUUGGCAAUUUGAUUACAGGGCCGAGCGGCGUUGAUUGGGAUAAUGAGUCUGAAGGCUCGGAGCUGCCAGGCUAUGUCUAUUUCGAAAAUGAUCGUGAUGGCCGGGUCAAGUGGGCAGGAAACCCACUGUUUGGGACCUGGAGAGCGCAGCAAAACGAAGUCUGCGAGGGCCUAGUUUUUGACGAUAUGUGA